AUGUAUUUUACGCGUCGUGUAGUGGGGGAUAGUCCAUUCGUGGUUGAGGCGCUCGCUCUUCGUGAUGUGCUGCAGAUGGCUUGGGAUUGGGGAGUACGCAACCUGAUAUGCGAAUCAGGCUGCAGGGAGUUGGUAAGGAUCAUUGUUGAUGGGGUUCAUCUCCGGAAGCGUGACCAAAGAGGGACUCUUCCGAAGAUAUGGGGUUUGCUUGACCUGAGAUGGAGGAAACACAGCACACAUAUUGUGAGCUUCUCCACCCUGACCAUGAGGUGUUUCACCAUAUCUGCUGUGUUAUUUCUUGCCCUUCUGAUUCAGAUACAUGGGAAGGAUGAUGAUGAUCUUAAUUACCAGAAGCUGCAGGAGGCAACAGAAACAGGGGUAGGAAAGAGUGGCUGUGAUUUGUUUGAGGGGCAAUGGGUUUAUGAUGAUUCAUAUCCACUUUAUGAAUCCUCACUCUGUCCCUUUAUAGAGAAGCAGUUUGAUUGCCAAAAGAAUGGAAGACCAGAUAAAUUCUAUCAAAAGUAUAGAUGGCAACCCACAGGGUGCAACUUAACAAAAUUCAAUGCUGAAGAUUUCUUAACAAGAUUCAGAGGGAAGAGUAUCAUGUUUGUGGGGGACUCUUUGAGUUUGAAUCAAUGGCAAUCACUCACUUGCAUGCUCCACACAGCUCUGCCACAUGCCCACUAUACCUUAGUCAGGAAGGGAGGUCUCUCCAUUUUCACCUUCACGGCCUAUGAUGUUAAGCUGAUGUUCUCACGCAAUGCAUUCCUGGUGGACAUUGUUGGUGAACGUAUUGGUCGAGUGAUGAAACUAGAUUCUAUUGAAGCUGGGAAAUUAUGGAAAGACAAGGAUGUAUUGAUAUUUGACUCUUGGCAUUGGUGGCUUCACACAGGAAGAAAACAAGCAUGGGAUUUCAUUCAAGAAGGGAAUAAACCAUUAAUCAAAGAUACGGAUCGGUUGGUGUUAUAUGAGAAAGCAUUGAAUACAUGGGCAAAGUGGGUUGAUCAAAAUGUUGAUCCUACUAAAACAAGGGUACUCUUCCAAGGAGUUUCUCCAGAUCAUGCAAAUGCAGGGCAAUGGGGAGAGUCAGGAGCAAACUCAUCUUGUGUAGGGGAAUCUAGGCCAUUGUUGGGAUUCAACUAUCCAGGAGGUCCACACCCAGCAGAGUUGGUAUUAGAGAAAGUGUUGGGAGGCAUGAAAAAGCCAGUGCAUUUGCUCAACAUUACUACCCUAUCACAACUGAGGAAAGAUGCUCACCCCUCUGUAUAUGGAUUUGGAGGACAUAGGAAUGCUGAUUGCAGCCACUGGUGCCUAGCUGGUGUUCCUGAUACUUGGAACCUGCUUUUAUAUGCAACUCUCAUUCAAAAUUAA